CAUCCGUUCCUGGCCGACCGAUGGCAAAAGUCUAGAGGGAGACAUCUUUUUGAUUCAUAAUAGAUCCCUGAGCCUUUUUUCCUUUCUCCUAUUCUUUUGUUAAUAGGCAGUUAUAAUCAUCAAUUUUUGAACGUCAACAUCAUGGCUCCUAUUCCCAUCACAAUUAUUACCGGAUUCCUCGGGUCUGGCAAGACAACUCUCAUUUUGAAUCUCAUCCCUCAACUGCCUCCUCGAUACAAGCUCGCUCUCCUCAAGAAUGAAUUUGGUGAUGUCGCAAUCGACACUAAGCUGGCCUCCAAUGCCUCUAUCUCCGGUGUGCAGGAGCUGCUGAACGGUUGCAUCUGUUGCAAUUUGGUUGGCCAACUGGGCGACGCUCUCAGUGAUCUUCGCAAAGAUGUUGCGCCCGAUCGAAUCAUCGUCGAAACUAGUGGAAGCGCCUUCCCGGCUACUCUGGCUAUGGAAGUGAACAGACUUGGAAAAGAGACGGGCGAUUAUGUUCUCGACGGAGUUGUUUCGGUCAUUGAUGUCGAAAACUGGAAAGGAUAUGACGAUACCAGCUACACCGCCAAGAUCCAAGCCAGAUAUACCGAUCUCAUCAUCUUUAACAAGUGGGAGCACUGCGAUGAGCGGAGAUUCGACGAGUGCUUGGACCGCGUGGCGGACCUUGAAGUUGACACCGCCUGGGUUAAAUCGGACAAAGGCGUUGUGGCCAAAGAUCUUGUUGUUGGAAUUGACAGCGGUCUUGCAAGGGAACUUCAAGUCUCCACCGACGGCCAUGCUCACAACCAUGACCACCAGCAUGACGAUACAAAGGCUCACCAGAGCGAAGUAAACGUACUAUCCGUUACACUCGGUGCCCCCAAGCAGCCAGCGUCCGUGAACCUGGAAAAGCUAGAGGAACUGCUGCUUGCUGCUCCGAAAGAUGAGGUUUACCGCAUCAAGGCUGUUGUUGCCUCGAAUCAAGUGCCCAAAUCGUCCACCGGCGACCUUGCCGGUUCCGAAACCGAACUCUCCGGCCAUCUCAACGAAUACAUUCUGAACUGGGCGUUUGGUCGAUGGACCUUCACUCCAAUUGCUCCCAAUGCCCUGCAAGAUGUCAGGACGACGGCCUUGCCAACGCCGCCUGACUCCAGCAGGGCUAGCCCCGCUCCCUCGACCGAGGAGCCAGCUUUGCGCAUGACGGUAAUCCUCGCUCGCGACGAGGCCGUGAAAUGGCAAAAGCGAAUUGAAAACAGUGGUUACCUUCGUUUGUCGAACGUUUCUCCAGAGGAGACCAGCCUCAAGAUAGAGCGCAUGAUUUAAAUACUUAGAUUUUCUUUUUCAUUCUUGGAUAUCCGAUAGAGCAUGCUGGAUAUAGAGAUAUAAGAUUCCAUGGGCGUUGGCAUUGGGUUUAGAUGAUGACUUUUGAUAUAUAUGAUGAGGCGUUUACAAUUUAGAAUCAAUCAUUAAGAAUCUAUUCAACGGAGAAGUUAUUCCGCUGAC